GUAGAUUCAUCUGCCACCAUUUUACACUUUGCACUUGACGGAAUAUGUCCGGAUUAGGUCUCAUAGAGGUUGAUUCCCUUGAAGCCCUUGUCAUAAUCGACAAUGAACUUGAUCCUCUCUCCCCACCUGCCCCAGACACCGUGCAAGUGUCGGGUCUGAUGGGUUCUCUGGCUCUACAUUCCCCACAUGAAAAUCACGAUCGAGGCGAAGCUGAAAAGGAGCUGCAGAUGGAAGAUAUUUGCUGUGCAGCGCAUGGAUUGUCUAUCCUUGUGACGGCAACAAAAGGCGAUAUUAAACACUCGAUCCUCUUCGAUGCAGGUCCGGAGGGCGAGAUAUGGGAGAGAAAUGUCAAGCGGCUACGCCCGGACCUGUCUUCUGUUGAACUGAUUCAACUUUCUCACUGGCAUCGGGAUCAUUCCGGCGGCCUUACUCGAGCCAUUGAAAUGGUUACUGAGGCCAGAAAGGCCAAAGGUCUGUCAGACAAGGUGCCAGUAGAUCUUCAUCCUGACCGUCCCGACUAUCGUGGGUUCGCUCUAGGACCGAAUAUCAUUUCUUUCCAGGCGGACCCUUCCUUCGAGGAACUCGAAGCAGCCGGAGGAACCAUUCACAAGCAUGAUGAGAUGCACACAGUACUUGACGAUUUCUUUCUAAUCUCGGGUGAAAUACCCCGUCAGACAGCCUAUGAAAACGGCGUGAAGGGUGGCAUGCGCUUUGACAAAGAGGAAAAGGAUUGGUUCACUGAUGAGCUUAUAUCCGACGAGCGUUUUCUCAUAUGUAACCUCAAGGGCAAAGGACUUGUACUGUUCACAGGCUGCAGUCACGCAGGAGUCGUUAACUGCUCGCGACAUGCAAUCGACAGCCUCGAUGGCUCUGUGCCUCUUUAUGCGGUCAUUGGGGGCUUUCACCUGGCCACCAGCACUGCUGCUGAUACGGAAAUCACGGUCAAAGACCUCCACAAGCUGGAUCCUGCUGUUCUUUUGCCGGGGCACUGCUCUGGUUGGAGGGCUAAGUUUGCGAUUGAGAAGCGUAUGCCUGGGAGUCUAGUGCCUUGCACUGUGGGCUCGAAGAUCACCUUCUAACCAUGUGUUGAGUCUCCCCGUGUUCACAGCAUACCCUUAGGUUUCACCAGCCGGGCUGUCGUGGACUUGCCAUCAUUCAUAGCAGGCAACCUGCAUACUUCUUUUACGACGGGUUUCACUAAGUUGGCGAUACGUGUAGGUCGAGUUAAGUUCGACAAGCUAAUACAGUACCGAAUAAGGCAUUCGGUUGGGCAGAAGCUUCUUCUCUGGAGAAGGGUCUGUCCUGUACAUAUAGAUAUCGACAGGGCUCAAGCAGUGUGGGCAACUCUCAAUGGCUCUUCCAUAUCUAACCUCAUCUCGUCAGUAAAGACUGUAGACCAGCAAGCACUUAUUUUCA